CCCGAGGCUGCCAUCCCCGGGGCGCUGCGGGAGCCGCUGCCGCCACCUCCCCUCAGGCGGCCGGUAACGGCCGGUAGCCGAGGGCCGCCCCUCGCCGCCCCGCCCCGCCCCGCCGCGGCCGUUGGCGCCCGCCCUCGCUUCCUGGGCCCGGGCGGGGGGAAAAUGGCGGCGGGCGGCGGCGCCGGGCUGCGGCUGUGCGUGGCGGCCGCCGUGCUGCAGGCGGCAGCGCUCAGCUCUGCCGCUGCCCUCUCCUCCUCUCCCUCCUCCUCCUCCUCUUUCUCCUCGUCCUCGGCGGGCAGGCCCGGCGAGCCGCGGAGCCGCGUGCAGGUGCUGGGCGGCUCUAACUGGAGCCUGGUGUUGCAGGGCCAGUGGAUGGUGGAGUUCUAUGCUCCUUGGUGUCCAGCUUGCCAACAGAUUGAAUUGAUAUGGGAGAGUUUUGCAAAAGAAAGUGAACAUCUAGAUAUCACUGUGGGAAAGGUGGAUGUCACUCAAGAACCAGGCUUGAGUGGUCGAUUCUUUGUAACAACACUUCCUACAAUUUACCAUGCAAACAAUGGAGUAUUUCGCAGAUACAGAGGCUCACGCACGUUGGAAGACCUUCAGGGUUAUGUUUUAGAGAAAAAAUGGAAAGCUGUGGAGCCGGUAGCAGGAUGGAAGUCCCCGUCUUCUAUAAUGAUGCAUGGUAUGGCAGGGCUAUUUCACCUCUCUGGGUGGAUCAGGCAAGUUCAUAGCUACCUCACUGGCACUCUUGGAAUUCACGUUUGGAUGUCUUAUGCAAUCUUCAUCUUGGCUACCUUGUUGAUUGGCCUGUUCCUGGGUUUGAUACUGGUCUUGAUUUCAGACUGCCUUUGUCCAUCAAAGUCAAAAUACAGAACUGAAACAUCUGAAGAAGCAAUUACAAAGGAGAAUGUGGAGAAUGCAGCAUUAGAAGAACCAGAGGAGGCUGCUGAGCUUUCUGCAGAUGAUGCAGAAGAGACUGCAGAGGCGAAAGACCUCUCAGAUGAAGAAGAUGCAGCAAAUUCAAGUGCUGGUGACUCAGAAGAGGAUUUGGAGCUUGGAAAAGAAUCGGGUGAAGAAGAAACAGAAGAUUUGAGUGAACAGCCUUUAGCUGAUUCAGGGACUGAAAGCUCAGUAAGACAGCGUAAAAGUCAGGCGGCUGACAAUGGACUAUAGUUGUUCAGUGGUGUAUUUUGUACACUUGGACCAAAGAAGUGUCAGACCCUGGGUCUGAAGCUGAAGCUUACACUUGAUUCGUCACUUGUGUUUACGCAAAACCUCUGCUCUUUUAGCAGGCUUUUCUUUUUUAAGCUAGUAAUUACUCAUUGAGUUUGUUUUAUAAGUAUAUAUACUGUUUAUUGUAUAACUUUAGCCAUGACAAUCAAAUUAAGUGUAUUGUGUGUGUAUUAUGUAUUCGAAGACUUAAGGGAAAAGGGGGGUGGAACCAAGUCUCAGUUCACCAGCUGUAAAGUGGUCAUCUGUGCUUGUGCUCCUUCGUAAGUACUGACCAAGACAAGGACUCUUAACUCUCAAGUAGCUUGGCAGGGCUGUGACUCUUCUGAAUGUUUAUUUAUUCCAAAUGCCACAGAAGCACCAGAUAAGUGAUACGGCAGUGAAAGAAGGCACCUUAUGAGUCUUCUGUUGAAAAAUGUGGUGUAGGAUGGGUUUAUUUUUAUCACUUCUAACUGAAGCACCUUUAUAUCUUUCUUAAUGUUUGUUUUGAAAGUAUAUCAUGUGGUGCGCCUUGUGCUCUGAUUAGCAUGGCCCCAGAUUUUUCAGGCUUUGGUAAUUCAGAGGCAUGCUGCGUAGCUCAAGCUUGUCAGCUGAGAUUAUUUUUAUUUUUUUUGACCCAAGGAGUUUUGAGUAAUCAAAAGCUUCAGGCCCAGAAAGAGUGGCAGCUAGAUGCUUAAAAUGUGUAGUACUUAAAAAGGUUUAAAGGCAAUUAUUUCGGUCAGGGAAAACUGCCAAAGCAUGACUCUUUUCUUUAAGAGAUUGUAGCAAGAAAUACUCAUUUUGCAGCCAGUAAGGUGCAUAUUUCUUGCCAAUACAAGCUUAUGAUGUGCAGUGCAGUUCUGCUGUUUCCAACCCAGAAUAGUUCUGGCAGAACUCAAGCUGCUUUAGUAAUAUUAAUUGAGGAGGCAUUUAAGGCUUCACCUUUGUCACUUUUCUACUUUGUCACUAGAAUCAGCACAUUGGGGAAAGGGAGGAGCAGGAGCAAGCAGCAAGGAGAAGCUUUUGGUUUUUGCUAAUUAUAUCAAGAUAAAUAUGUAUCUAUGGAACUGUAUAAAGUGAAAAUGGCUUGGCAGGUAGACAGCUUUAGGUGUGAUUAGAGGACUUAAGUCAUUAAAGAUACUGGUCUUUCCCUCCUUUGGUUGACUUGUUCAGUACUGUUUUUUUUUUUAGGUAAGGAAUAUCUACAGUAAGACCUUGUAUGUUAUGUUUCUGAUUGGAUGUGUGAUCAUGUGCAUAAGAUGUCUUAAUCUUGACUUUUUUAUAUUGCAUAAACCUUGCUAACGUGCAUGAAUUUCAUCUUGUUCUUCUAGAAUAAUCAGAUGAAAUCAUUUCUCUUACUAGAAGAGAAGUUGCAAGUGCAAAAUGCUAGUUUCCUUUGAGACUGAGAUUAAUAGGGCCAAUUUGUCUUGACUUUUUUUUUAAUGCUCGUAAAGAGCAUAUUUACUAAGAAAGCUUAACUUUUGCUCUCUGCGUCCUGUUACAUAUUGUGUCUUGGAACCAUAUAGCAGAAGUUUGGAUUUUUUUCUUUACACAAAAUUACACUGCAUGUAUUGGAUAUGAAUUUUCUUAAGGAGUGCUCUCAGUGCUGAGGUUGAAUCUCAUUCUACUGUAGUGGAGAUGUAUAAAUAUGCUUUCACAUAUGUGGAGACGUACAGAUGUUAAUAUAUGUACAUUGCACUAUAAUGAGAACAGUUGGUUUGUCUUGUGUAAUCUGUGCAUUCUUCAAUGUAACUAAGAAACUGUAGAAGCUUACAGACAGCAGAACUCGGUAUCAGUUGAGGUACGUGGCUAUUUUUUUUCCUCCAAACUAAGCAUGUAUUUGCAAAAAUUAAGAAAACUUCUGUGGCUAUCUUAGCGUGGAGGGAAGAACUAUGCACAUAAAAGUUCAGAGUACA